GUGCUGGUGUCCAGCAUUUGUGAUACACGCUUCUGAGAUGAUGCAGUUUUCAGUGGUGGUCUUGUGCCUGCUGGUGCCAGCUUUCGCGGCGCCAAGUUCUCUAAAGCUGUGGGCCAGGAGAGAGGACCGCUUAGUCGGUGGCACGGAUACCACCAUAACGGAGUACCCGUGGCAGCUGUCUGUCAUCUUCGAAGGUUCCCUCAGGUGCGGCGCUUCCAUCAUCAGCUCCAACUGGGCACUGACGGCCGCCCACUGCAUCGACGGCCUCUCAGCGUCCAUGCUGACCGUGCGUGCUGGCUCCUCGUACAGAAACAGUGGCGGAACUGUGCUCGAUGUUGCACAGGCCAUCAAAAACAAACUGUACUACGCAAUUAACGUUGACUACGACAUUGCAGUGCUGCAGCCCGCUGAGCCGUUCCCUCUGGGGUCAGACGUGCAGCCAGUGAGCCUUCCAGAGGCCGGAUACGACCCUCCAAGUGGCCUUGCCGUUACUGUGACGGGCUGGGGACGGAUAGCCAGCGGUGGCAGCGCCCCGACAGUUCUUCAGAAGGUGGACAUCAAUGUCAUUGACCGCACUACGUGCCAGGAUAUCUUCUUUGGCGUCAACAUGGUGACGAAGCGGAUGGUGUGCGCCGGUGAAGCAGGCAAGUCCACCUGCGACGGGGACUCAGGCGGACCGCUCGUCAGUGGUUCGACGCAGAUCGGCAUAGUGUCCUGGGGAAAUACUCCGUGCCAGGAGAGUGGCGCCGUAUUCACAAACGUCGGCGAACUUCGCUCGUGGGUCACCAACACUACCGGAGUGUAACUACAACAACAGUGUAUAUCUUAUGUUUUCAUUUCCAUUUGUGAAAGGCACAUCUAUUAAUCAAAUAAUUAACUUCUGUUCAUAACCAUAACUUCAUGUUACUGAUCCUGUUGAUGUUGUUUGAUGUGGAUACUGCUACUAUUAAAGAUACAUUCUUUU